CAGCUUUAAGCAACGGCGUAGUCGAACGGUACACACUCGAUAAAAAUGGUUGAAAACUACGUGUGGAAAAUUGCUGGAAUAGAUAUUCCCAUGUGGAUGAAUUUUACAGAAUCGAGAAAAGAAAUAGCUCGCACUUGGUUUUUUGAUAUAUUUAAAAUUUUACAAGAACAGUUAAAAUUUAGCUACGAAGUUGUUCAUCCAAUACCUUUAGGAUAUGGAAGAAGAAAAGCAAAUGGCUCCUAUUCUGGAAUGAUUGGCCAAAUUGUGAAUAAGGUCGCCGAUAUUACUGGUGUUCCUACAUAUCUUCUAAGCCACCUCCCAGUGGAUUACACACCAUUCAUACGGGUAGUUCCGAUGAAAUUUAUUGUUGCAGAAACAAAACGGAAAGCUGAUUGGAAAAGUAUUACUCGACCUUUUUCUCUUCAGCUUUGGAUUGCCUUGGGUGUUUCGAUAAUGCUACUUGGAAUCAUCCUACCGAAAAUAAUUAACUAUAGACAAAAGAGAUGCAAUGGUUUGUGGACAAUACAGAUAGCUAUGUUGUUCCUAAUUUCAUCAUGUUCCAUGAAAGGAACUAAUUUAAGCAAUGUAAAUAAUUACUCUUCAAGAUUAUCGAUUGGAGUGUGUUUAUUAUCAAUCUCUGUAUUAAGAUUUGGCUAUUCUGGAACUUUAAUUUCUUUUUUGACUGCACCUUCUUAUGAACCUGUUCCACAAACCAUAAAUGAAUUAGCCACUGCCGUCAAACUCGGAGAAUAUUCUUGUGGCACAUAUUCACGGGGAACAAUAACAAAGUUACGAAAACAAAAUUCGAAGGAUAUUAAUACGUUAUCGAACUACAUAGAAAAAAAUCCGGGUAGUUUACUAGUAGACCUGUCAGUCAUAGCUAGCAAAAUAAAAAAUGAACGUUUUGCAUUUAUUACAACAGAGGGAAUUGCGAAGGGAAGAAUAAUGCCGAAAAUUCAAGGCAAAUCUUCACUGAAUGAAGAUAAUUUUUAUAUAGUUCUUUUUUCAUAUUUGCUUAGAAAAGAUUUUCCAUACAAAAGAUCUGUCGAGAAAAUCAUAACUCGUUUACUUGAAGUUGGAAUUGUUCAACAUAUAACGGAAAAAGAGUUUUUUACUCUGCGACAAGAGGAAAAGGAUGAAGUUCAUCCAUUAAAGUUCGAAGAACUUGCAGGAUGUUUCGUUGUUCUCGUUAUUGGAUAUGUAUUAUCUCUUCUUUGUUUUAUUGGUGAAUUGACAAUUGCAUUUUUCUCUAAACCAAAAAGAAAUUUUUAAUUAAUGACGAUUUAUAAUCUGUAGAUUUAUCUUACUCUGGAGAUUUUAGUAUUUAGAUUUUAUAUUUAGUGCACAGUUUCAUAAAAUAACAUUUUGCUUCGUACUGGGAAGUACUGAUUUAUGUCUUAUUUUCACAUUGACUGCUUUUAUUUUAUGAAAGCAUUUCUC